CUCGCAGCAGAAAAGGAGUUCCUGGUUAUCGGAGAAAUGCCUCGGAUCUGCCGUCAUGCAUAUGGAUCGCUGAGGUUGCAGGUUACGGGCUUGCACGGCCGACAGAGCUGCAAAGGGUACGAGAUCCGCAUUGCUUGAUUCCUGGGGGCGAGUUGCUUAGCGCUCUGUGCGGGUGCUUGUGAUAUAAAUGCCGUGACUCCUCGUGGGUACUUAAGUCUUCCCGCACGAGCCGAGCGUCAUUCCAUUGUAGCUUCGUCUCUGUAUUGUGAGUUCUGCAGGAUGAAGACAUCAAUUGCCAUCCUCGGCGCCGUUGCUGCUGCCGCUUCAGCAUCGGUUAUUGUGCCUCGACAGCAUGGGUAUGGGUAUGGGAAUCCGCAUGGUGGCAGCUGUAGUCACAAGCCGCUUGUCGACUCUAAGAAGUUGCAGGACUCCAUCAAGGAAAAAGCCCUCCUCAAAGGGUCCCAAACUCUCCAGGACAUAGCUUAUAGCUAUCCGGAGCGCAACCGGGUCAUGGGGAGCAAUGGCCACAAUGACACGGUCAAAUUCCUAGUCAAGGAACUGGAGGCUCUCGGCGGGUACUAUACGGUCGAAAAGCAAAAGUUCACCAAUCUCAUUCAGACCAAUGGCACUGCGACACUCACCAUUGGCGGCGCGGAGACGGAGUGGGGUAUGAUGGAGUACAGUCCUUCCGGAAAUGUAACCAGCAGUCUCGUGGUCGUCAACAACUUGGGUUGCAGUCCGUCAGACUACCCGGCCGCCCUGCCGGGCAAGAUUGCGCUUAUUUCGCGUGGUAGCUGUGAAUUCGGGUUGAAGUCUGCCCUCGCAGGAGCUGCUGGAGCCGUCGGCGCUCUGAUCUAUAACAAUAUUCCAGGAGGUCUCGCGGGCACGCUGGGCACGCCACCCCGCCCAGAAGGUGAUUAUAUCCCUACAUUGGGAAUCAGCCAGGAGAAGGGUCGUGAGCUCGUGGCUACCCUUGGCAAUGGCACUACCGUGACGGCGUCUCUGAAUGUCCGCACGGUGAUCGAGCUCCAGACGACGGAGAACGUGAUUGCAACAUCCAACUGUGGCGCUCAUAACACGACGCUGAUGUUGGGCGCCCACACCGACUCGGUUGCAGCCGGUCCUGGGAUCAAUGAUGACGGCAGUGGCACCAUUGGGAUCCUCGAGGUGGCCAAACAGCUUGCCAAGUACAAGGCCAACAACGCCGUGCGCUUUGGCUUCUGGAGUGGUGAAGAAUCGGGCCUGCUGGGCUCGACCUACUACGUCGAGCACCUAUCUGCGGCGGAGAGGGGGAACAUCCGAGCGUACCUCAACUUCGAUAUGAUCGCCUCGCCCAACUACGUGCAUGCCAUCUACGACGGGGAUGGGUCCGCCUUCAACCUGACGGGACCGGCGGGGUCGGCGGAGAUUGAGAAGUUCUUCCAGGACUUCUUCACGAGCCAUGGGCAGAACUUUACUGCCACAGAGUUCGAUGGCCGCUCCGACUAUCUUGGCUUCAUCGACGCGGGGAUUCCCGCCGGAGGAACCUUCACUGGAGCCGAAAAGCUCAAGACAACGGAAGAGGCGGAGAUGUUUGGUGGCCACGCCAACGUGGCUCUGGAUGCCAACUACCACAGUGCUGGAGACACAGUCGACAACCUGAAUGCCACUGCGUUUGUGUUGCAUACCAAGGCAAUUGCGGCGGCGGUGGCCGAGUACGCUACCAGCUUUGCGAGCCUGCCGCCGAGGAGCGUGGAGAGAAGAAGCGUUGCUGCAACGGUGGGAAUUUCGAGGCAUAGGAGGGGUGGGCGCUGGGGAAGACCACUGCGGCAGUGAUUAGUCAUGCGGGAAGGGAUGGAUGGAGGAAGCUGCGAUUGAGGUGCUAUCAUGUCACACAGAAGAGCCAAUGAACUGAUGUCAUCAACAUCCUCGAGCUGUGCAAAUACAGUAAGCGCUUCUGAAGGAAAUAAUGUGGACGUUGGAGCGAGACCGGUGCGAAUUCCAAGUCUAUGGGUAGUCCUGCUUAGCAAUCCAAAUAGGGUCCCGGUACAACAUAGGUAUCCAGGCGAAGCUUGGAGGGCCGAGGGCCAUCCCAUUGCGGCGUCCGGUGA